UAGAUAACGUUUGGGCAGUGCAAUUGCGGUUGCAGUUGUUGGCUGAGGUUCAAUCAUUUCCCAACGAUCACGGCGUCUACUGUCGACGGAAUAUCUAAAGUGAGAAUCUCCAAUGGAAAGUGAUAUCAGCAAAGGUCCGGUUAUUGGCCAAAGACAUGUCCAGACAUUGCUGUUGUUUGGUUUUGCUGCAAUAAAUUAUAUGACCAGAUACAGCGCCAGUAUAUCUUUGGUGGCAAUGACAAACUCAUCGACAACCAAUCCUAAUUUUCCGCAAUAUAAUUGGAACGAAUCGGAAAAAUCCUACAUAUUGUCCAGUUUCUUUUGGGGUUAUCUCUUUACACAACUGUUUGCAGGCUAUUAUUGUAAGCGUUUUGGUGAAAAAGUCACUUUGUUUACGGCAAUAUUUGGUUCAUCUUUGGUGGGGCUGAUAUUACCCAUCACCUUGAAAUUUGGCGACUGGCAAAUAUUUUGUGCUGUGCGAGUAGUACAAGGUGUGUUCCAGGGCUUGGAUUUAUCUGGCGCCUAUGCACUUUUAGCCAAUUGGUGCCCGGUGGAGGAAAGGAAUCGUCUGGGUGCAUUGGCAUUUUCGGGUAAUGAAUGUGGCACACUGAUGGCCAUGUUACUUAGUGGCCUUAUAGCCAUAUCAGCACUUGGUUGGCCAGGAAUUUCCUAUAUAUUCUGUGGCAUUGGACUUAUUUGGUGUCUCUUAUGGAUAAUAUUUGGUGCCAGCUCACCAAAUACUUCAAAGUUUAUAUCACUCGAGGAAAAAACUUAUAUUCAAAUAUCGAAAAAAGAAACUGUGGAGGGUAGCAAAAAAUCAAUACCCAUACCCUGGAAGGCUAUUCUAUUAUCGCCAGCCUUUUGGGCUUUAAUUGUGGCUCGAUGUUCGGAGGCCUGGUCCUUCACCGCAGUUCAAGCAGCCUUGCCUGAAUACAUGAAUGGUGUGUUUUGUAUGGAUAUGAAAAAUAAUACGCUCUACUCGGCCUUGCCCUAUAUACUCCUGUGGGUAAUGUCCUAUGUAUAUUUGAUACUGGCGGAUCUUUUGAUAAAUUAUAAAAUAUUAUCGCUGAAUGCGUUGAGAAAAACUUUUAACUCCAUUGCAUUUUGGAUACCAGCCAUAUGUCUGAUAGGCAUUGGUUUUCUGAAGCCCCAUCAACAGAUUAUUGCCGGAAUUUUGAUGAUUGUCAUUGUGGGCAUCAAUGCGGGUAAUAUGAUUGGCAGUGGUUUAAAUGUCAUUGAUCUGUCACCAAAUCACACCGACAUUUUGAUGAGCAUUCUAAAUGCGGCGGGUAGUAUAAUGCCUAUGUUAAAUCCUCUGGUAAUGGCUGCCGUCGUACACGAUGAUUCCGAUGAUAGACAGUGGCAAAUUCUGUUUAUCAUUUGUGCUUUGAUAUAUUUCGUGGGUAAUAUAAUUUAUCUAAUUUGGGGCUCAACGGAUGCCCAACCCUGGAAUGAUCCGAACUUUUUGUUGCCCAAAUGUCGAGAUGAUAUUGAAUGCAGUUCCGAUGAACAACAAUCUGGUCGAAAAGAUAUCACAUAAGAACAUUGGAUUUUGGAUAAGUGGGAGUACUGGCAUCAGGUUUAAUUUGUCACUAAUCAGGCACAUCAAUAAAAUUAUCAUAUCGAUAUAUCUAAAGGACUUUCGGGGUAAAAUAAAAAUGCAGAACUCUAGCAAGA